AUGGAACUGGUCCUUAGCCCACCUGUGCAGAACCUCGCGCGCCUGUGGCGCGCCACAAGCCUUGACGCACAGGUGCCGGAAUGCCAUGAAGACAAUCGUAUCUUGGCUGAAAUGAAUAUUCCAGGAGGCCUGGAUCCCAACCACCUCCUAACCAGGAUAGCAUGGCUUUGCGAUGGUGGAGACAAGUUCGUCACCAUCGACAAGAAGGAUCAUGGUUCGUUCUUCAGGUCAAUCCCAUUUGCAAUUCCCAGCAUCAUUCGCUCGAUGAACCCCUUGAGUACCCAGACUAUUCGUGUUGAACUUUGCGAGCCAUGCUCGCCCAAGUUCCCAGACGUCUACUGGAUUUGCGAAACUGAAGGCGGCGUCUUACAACCCAUACAUAAACCCGAUGAUGUCGGUAGAUAUGAGGACGGGUUGAGAAAGCAAGCUCCGGCAUUGGAGAUCGCGGCUAGAGUCCCUCCACACGACCGGGAAUCCAAGAAAGAGAGACCUUUCAUGUAUGUGAGAUUGAGCCUCAACACAUCAAGAAUUGCUCACCGCGCUCUGUCAUGCUUGCCGAGUAUCGACGGCGCACUUGCAGAUCUGGCUAGCCCAAUCGUCUUGAAGGCAUUCACCGAACCAGGACAUUCCGACUCGCUUGUCUUCAACCUGAAGCCGUUCUCAGAGUCUAUCCCGACGCUUCCCAGCCGUCUUGGGCAAGAGCAAGCCCAGCCGCCGCAUUUCCCGCCGUCUCUACGUCUGGACCCGAAGCAGUUGUCGACAGUCAAGUACAUGAUUGAUCGGGAAAACUCGCCCCAAGCUUUUACCGAGCGAGAGGAUGAAGAAGAAGUAAUGGAUGGGCUUCCUCUGCGCGCAGUGGGACGUGCUGAGCGCGAGGUCUAUUGUGCCGGAGGAAUCAUUGCUGACAAAGUCGGUGCCGGCAAGACGGUAAUGACCCUCGCUUUGAUCGACCUCCAAGCAAACCAUGACGAUUCUGGCUACAAGAGACGAGCUGAGCAGGAGGCCAGCUUGGGUGCCAAGGCACUCAAAGCGACUCUGAUCAUUGUGCCCGAGCACAUUAUUGAUCAAUGGCAGAAUGAGGCCUGGAGAUUCCUUCGAAAUCUGGCCGCAGAUGAUCUCCUUGUUCUCAGAUCCCCCAAGGAUCUGACAUUGUUUGUAAACCAGAAACGUAUUCGCAACGCCAAGGUUGUCAUUGUCAACGAUAGUCUGUUUGGAGACAACCAGUACAGGGAGGAGCUUGCAAAAUCUUCUGCACGAAGUGUCAUCACGGGCACCUCCAGGGCUGACAGCACAAAACUCCCUUACCCCGAGCGAACAUAUGUCGAGUGGCACCGUGCUUGUGUGCGCAAUCUUCGCACGUUCCUUUCCGCAUACCUUGAGUCAGGAGCAAAUGAACAUGCACGCAAGGGUCUGGUACGCACUAUGGAGGGCGCCUACUCUGACUUUCAAGCAGAGAAUCGUGAUUUGGUCGCAGAGCAUGUCAAGGAAAGCUCUCGGUGGGCAGUUCCGGGCCAGAAAACGAAGAAGGCGGCAUCUACAGGAAACACAAAGCCUCGCAAAUUGAACUAUUCCAAAAUGUUCUUUGACGCCUACAUACUAUUCGAGUACUUCAGCUGGUCUCGAAUUGUUUGGGACGAGGUCAGCUACCGCAACAUUCAUGUAGCGCAGUUCCUUUCCACCGCAAAGACCGAACACAAAUGGCUCCUCUCGGGAACUCCGCCCCGCCAGACUCUUGCCGACAUCAACUACAUGGCCACAGCUUUGGGAAUCUCUUUGGUCAGACCCAUUGACCUUCGCUUGGGACUCCCUGCCAUUACCAACGGGCCCACGCUGUCAGUUCGCACCCAGGCCGAGGAUUGCUUGUCUUAUGGACGCUUGAAAUCAGACAAGUUUGUCAAAGACCGUCAUGAACAGGCCGAGCAUUUUCUCAGAACCUUCUCCAUCUCCAAUAAUGCCGCUGGCCUGAAUGUUCAGGUGCAUGAGCAUGUCAUCGUCUGCGCCCCAAGCCAGGAGGAAAAGGCCGUCUACUUAGAGACGCAGCAAGUUUGGCGCCGGGCACAGAUGAACCAGGACUACCUGGACAAGGAGAAUCUGGGAAUCGCGCUGCACGCUGUUGGCAUUACGCCAGGCUCGGUCAUCCCAGAUGACCUCAGCUCAAAGGCACUGAGCUACGCAGCCUCUCUCCCAACCUUUGGCAGAGAUGGCAACCGCACUCACCUGCAGUUGACUGAAAACCGCCAAGAAGUCCUUGAGAACACCAAGAAGUACAUUGGACAACUAUUUCGUCUUCUCUUGUGGCUAGCUAGACGUCUAGAAAAGUGCUCAACGGCCAAGGGAAAGGGCAAGAGAUCGAAAGAGACCGAUGACUCAGCAGCCGUGAUUGAACCUCUCCUUCGAAUCAUCCGCAGACUGCAAAAGGGCGACGUCAGAUCUUUUGGAGGAUCCUAUCCAUACAUGGUUCUAGUGCAUGCUCUGAUGCCUGAUGUCGACGACAAGAUCAAGGCCGAUUUUGUGAGAAAAGCCUCCCAAUGCAUGGGUAGCUUUGAUCUUGCUCAACUUCAAAAGGGCAAGGUAGUCUUCACGUCGUCUGUUGAGGACAGGAGCCUCUUGAAGAAUUUCUACGAGAAUGAAAAAAUUCUUUGGACGGACUUUUACAGAUUGGAGCCUAUUCAACUCGAUGAUAUGAGUGAAGACGACGUAACCGAUCUGAUCACCGAGUAUAUGUCACGAAACAACGAUCAAGGACCUGAGGAGAUCAGCUCAUACAUCGACAACGCGAAGGACUAUGAGUUACGUGACAAGCUGCAACAACUUUUCCCGGAAAUUGAAGACAAACAGAAUGCACGCCGUGCCACGUCUAUCGAUGGCAAGAAGAACAUUGAGCAGGAGCAAGCGAUUUUGUCCAAGAAGACAAACCAAGAGCUCGAGGCAGAGGCUCGCGUGCGAGGCCUGAAAUGCAGCAAGCCUAUUAAGAAGGCUGAAGUUCUACAGCUCAUCAAAGCCCACGAAGAGGGUGGCGCUGGCUACAAGAACUACGAAAAUUGCACCGAUCCUCGAGCUCUGAUGCCAUUCGGCCCACCCCCAAUGCUGGGUUCCAUGGUCAGAGUACGAGGCGCCAAUGUUUCCGCCACUGAGAAUGCUUUCAAGGAAGCUAUCAACCUUUUCGUUGAUGCUAUUCAGCUUCUAGAAACGCAUGGAAACCAGGUACAACGGGCCAAGUUGUUCCAGCGUGUGAACAGCAAUUGGGACUUUGAAUGCUUCCGUUGCGGUUCCAAAGAUGAUCUGACGGCAAACCUUCUAUGUGCACAUGUCAUGUGCCGAAGCUGUAUUGCAGAUAAGGAAUACUGUGGCGAUGGCCACGAACGAACUACUGGAUGCCGUUCUAUCAUAGAAGGCAACGUCGUGGACUUGGCAAAACUGUUCACCGAGCGUCGAGACUUUGCUCAGACAGAGCAACGCCUACCCAAUGUCCGCCGCAACUACUCCAGCAAGGUCAAUUGUGUCAUUGAUUUGAUCCAGCGGACUCCCGCAGACGAGAAAGUCGUUGUCUUCACGCAGUAUACAGACCUCAUCAAGGAGCUCUUGGAUGCCAUGAAGCACAAUAGCAUUACAGCCAGAACCACCACAAACCUUCCGGGCAUCAGCAGUGUAUCAUGCAGAGCCAGUGGCACUGUCGAGGCUUUCCAGGAUGACCAGUUUCGCGUCCUUAUACUAAAGGUCGAUGCCCCCGAGGCUGCCGGGAGCAACCUGGUCGUCGCUAAUCAUGUCAUAUUUGCGACGCCCCUGGCCACCAAGGCUCAGGACAACUACGACUCCUGCAUGGAGCAAGCCAAGGGACGCUGCGCCCGUAGAGGCCAGACAAAAGAUGUCCAUUAUUACCACUGCGUCGUCGAUGGCACCAUUGAGGUGGACAUGCUCGAGGCUCGAACCAACAAGCGCGUCCUGGUGCAGCCUGGCCAAUGCCUGGGCGAGCUGGUGCCGAUUCCCGGUUGCUGCAGUGGUCUCGGCUCCUGUGGCGACGCGGAAUGCCAAAAGACCCGUGUCAAUUCUCUUCUGCGCCCACCCGAGAUUUGGAAGGCCCUUGGCGAGGUGGACUAUGCUACCAUGGCUGCACUCGGACAGUCAUCUACCGUCAAGGAUGCCACCGUUGGCAGAAACGAUCUGACCAUGUCCAACGAUGGCGACGCGAUGGACGUCGAUACGGACGCCGAUACGGAUGUCGAGAUGUCUGAGCGCACUGCCGGAGAGGAGGUUCCCGACAAUGCCCAGUUUGUGCUCCAACGCCAAGUCAGCACGUACGGUGGUCUCACAGCGCUUGAUGUUGCUCGUAUUCUCGCGGACAAUUAA